AUGAGACGAUGCAAGGAUGACUGGGUCAAUGCUACACAGAUCCUUAAGUUGUGCAAUUUUCCCAAGGCCAAACGUACCAAGAUCCUUGAAAAGGGUGUGCAACAGGGCCAGCAUGAAAAGGUCCAAGGUGGAUAUGGUAGGUUCCAGGGUACAUGGAUUCCCUUGCCUGACGCCAGAAAUCUUGCCAAUGAGUAUGGCAUUUCUUCAGAAAUGGUGCCUGUUUUGUAUGUGGACCCUACAGACACUUCAGUUGUCAUCCCAAAGAAGUCGAAGCCCCCCGUGUCGUCCUCCUCAGGUGGUGUGAACAAAGACGGUACGCCUGUGAAGCGUAAGUACGUUAAGAAAAACAAAAAGGACGAUACACCAAAGAAGAUGCGUCUCAACAAUUCCAACUUACCGCCGCAAGCCUUAUUCACCCAAGACGGCUACCAACAUUCGCUUCCCAGAGACAAUCUUCCAAUGAGCCAGUCUCCAUUGGCUUCACAACACGGCUACAACAACCAAAUGCAGCUUCCUGUUCAGUCAAUGCCUCCUACUUUCCAGUCGCAGGAAUUUGUCGGCAAUGGCAAUUAUGCUAACUCGCUGAGAGUCAACAUGAACGGGUUUUCUUCCCAGCAAGCUUCAUUUGGCAACUUCCCAAACCAAUUGCAGAACUUCUCGCAAUACCCAGCGCGUCAAAUGAACGCUUUCCAGGAUGAUGGCCUUCUGCAACAGCAACAACAGCAGCAAUUGCUUUACCAACAACACCAGAAGGGCACCCUGUCGCAAUCGACCAAUGACGCCAAUUGGUCACAGGAGGAGCCUCACAGAGAUUCUGACACUUCUAUCUCUUCCCUGGACGGUAACCACCAGAAAACUGCCGAAGAGGACACUUUUGCAGCUCAAUUGUUGCAAUUUUUCAGCGAUGAUAACUCUCCCAUCCCUCAAUUUCUUUACAACCCCCCACCAGAGUUUAACAUCAAUGAGGCCAUUGACGAUGAGGGUCACACGGCUUUGCACUGGGCUGCUUCAAUUGGUAACGCUAGUCUAGUCCAUUUGCUUCUUUCUAAAGGUGCUAACGCGCUUGUGGUGAACAAUCACGGCCUCAAUGCGUUGUCGAAAUGCAUUUCUUUCAACAACUGCCACGAGCUCAGAAACUUUCCUCAAAUAUUGGAUGCCCUUGAGGUUUGUCUCAUCCACACUGACAUUAACGGUCGUACCCCGUUGCACUAUCUCUGCCAAUUCUCAAAGAUGACUUCCAAACUCGCGUCGCUCACGCAUUACCUCGAGCAGAUUUUCUCUAAGCUCACGAUCAUGACCACUAAGAACGGCUCAUCAGGCGUUAAUUUGUUGAAAAAUGUCGUUGACCAUCAGGAUGUGAACGGUGACACUUGCCUUCACCUUGCAGCUUGGGCAGGCUGUAGUCAAUUUGUCAAAUUCUUGCUAAGCAAUGGUGCAAGAGACGAUUUGGUGAACGUCAAUAAUGAGGCUCCCAAAAGUAUCAUUAUGCAACUGGGCCUUGUCAUCUACAACGUUGGCGUAACCCAGGAACAACCAAAUAUGCAGCAAUAUUUUCCAUCCAAUGCUGUCGAUGCCGCUGAUAAGAGAACCCACCAACAACCAGGACUUGGAACCCCUAUUCAACCCUUCAAUAGCAGACGCAUCGAAACGCCGGACACUCAAAGAACAACCAUUCAAGACGAUGAAGAAGAGGAGCUUAACGACCGCGUUAGCAAAGAACACUUGAGGAUGCUCAUGGAAGGACAGGCUGGUACUGUCGAAGAGAACAAGGAGAACGUGUUCACCGAAGAUCCAUCAAAGGUCAACUACGAAGCGAUGUCCACACCCAAGCAAGUUGGUGCUAGCCCGCAUUCAUCUAGUAAGCAAAGCGUGCUAGGUGUGAUAUCAGAAGCUACCGUUGAGAACUCUCCUCUUGCCAAAUCUUCGCCCGGUCGGUCGUUCGUUCCACGUUCUUCGGCUAACGAAUCCAAGCCUGAAAAGACUCAGAAUGACUUGGAAAACGACCCAGAUGUCAAGCUUCCUGUUGGUGAUGCUUCUACCAUGAUGCAUGGUAUGGUCACUCUUCUCACCGAUUCCUAUCGCGAUGAGAUUCAAGGAUUGACCAAGGAUGGCCAGGAAAUUCAGGCACAAAUAGUUGCAAAGAACGAUGCAGACCUGGCCGGUCUUCACAAGGUCAAGGCAGUGUUGUCCAAGAACGGGUUUGAGGACAUCACAGACUUUACCGAAGCAAAGGAAAUCGUUGACCAAGAAGUUGAUGGCUUCAAGGCAGACCUCCAAAAUAAGGAACAGCAGCUUCUAUGCCUGUUUGAAAAAGUACAGGCUUUUGAAUUGGCCAACACCGUGCACGAGAAGGAAAAAGAGAUCACUUCACCUACAUCAGACACAGACAGUGCAGCCGACAAGUGGCAACUAGCGUUGGAGCUUACUCAGGAGCAGCUCAAACGUAACGAUUUGGUGAACCAGGUCGCCCAAGGCGUGAAGGAGUGGGCCAUUAAUUCAAAGAUGAACAAGUACAGAAAGCUUAUCAGCCUAAGCUGCGGAUUAAGGGUGGAGGACAUCGACGGCCUCAUCGACGGUAUCGAGAACUCCUUGAUGGAAGGAACAAUGUAA